AUGCUAGUACUACUACGUUUAAAAGCUGCCAGUUUCUGCCACCCCUACCUUCCAUUGGCAUAGACCAGCUCCAGUGAUUGACCUUUAACCUCGUCGAGGCUCGAAGGCUCAGCUUUCUCUCGAUCCUUUCGUGUCAAAAAUGGGGAAGAAGGGUAAGAACAAGCGCAGUAAGCGCGGCCACGGCGUCGGUAAAAAGCCGUCACAUCUUGCAGGGCGCGUAGAAAAGAGAAAAGUGGCUGAAAUCGAAGACGCGAAGGAGAAACCCGCCAAGAAGUUGAAAACUGCAGGUGGGGAGGGGGGCGGUGAGCCGGCAACAUGUGCAGCUUCGGUUUACUCCUCGGAGAAAGAAAAGGCACAAGACGGUACCUCCGCACCUGAAGGAGAAAGUAAACGUCUUAAGAAACUGUGUUUGGAUGAAGACACACCUUUUCAACCUACUGAGCGUCUUGGAGAAGGUUCUUCUGAGACGAAGAUCAAGAAGAAGAAACACAAGAAGAAGAAGACGCACCGAGAGACUUCUGAGGAGGAGGGCACGUCUGAAGGUAAAGGUCACCUUGGGGAGAACGCCCGGACUUCUGUUGACGUCAUGACCACACAAGGUCACUGUGAAGGUUCAGAAAGUGACUCCAAACCUCAGACCAAUGCUGGACAUGAGAACAGUUCAACUGUUUCUGGCGUACAAAUCUUGGAUGAAACAAAACGCACGAAAAUCAAAGAAAAGAACAAAAAGAUGACGUCCUCACAAGAAACCCAUGCUGUCCUUCACCUGACCUUGAAUAACCUUGAAGGUGAGUUCGGCCUGUCCCACGUCCAGCAGCUGCUGCUUCACGCCUUCCUGGGGAAGCGUAGGGGCGCCUCCUGGUGCCAGGUUCAGAACUUCAACAAACUCCAGAAGGUGGUCGUUGUCAUGCUGAACAGCCUCUCGGAGGGACACCUGGCGCAGCACCCAGAAUGCCUUGCACAGCUGGCAGCCAUGUUUCCCAACAAGAAGGUUCCAUUGUCGAUGAAGGUCGCAGACAGCAAGCCGAGAGAGGUCAUGCGGAGUUUGCUUCGUGUUCCCGUCAGUAAAACUGCGCAGAAGAAACUGGGAAAGGACUUGGAGAACGGCGAUGUGGAUCCGGAUCUGGUGGAAUGUUCCACAAACUGUGCUAAACACACAGGAGAGAAGUCUGUGGUGGGUAGAACCCGUUAUCUGUUGACCCAGGAACAGUUGAGGACCAACCGGUUCCCGUUGGCGACCGACACUGCCUUGCCGGAGGAUUUCGUGUCAUUUCAGUGCUGCACGCCGACAGAUUCGAGCCCUAUGUUCGCCAUCGACUGUGAAAUGUGCGAGACUGAAGCAGGCAAGGAGCUGACCCGUGUCUCUGUGGUGAGUGAAGACUUGAAGACAGUCUACAACUCCUUCGUAAAGCCUCGGAGACCCGUCAAGGACUACAUGACUCAGUUCAGUGGCGUCUCUGCUGCUGACUUACAAGACGUGACGACACGUCUUGAGCACGUUCAAGAAACACUACAGGAGCUCCUUCCCGAGGACGCCAUCUUGGUCGGACACUCCUUGGAGAAUGACCUUCAGGCUCUGAAGGUCGUCCACCCACACAUCAUCGACACCAGCCUCCUGUUCAACCACGCCACCUGGCGCUUCAAGCCCAAACUGCGGACACUGACCAGCAAGCUGUUAGGUAAGGAGAUCCAGACCGGAACAGACGGACAUGAUUCGGUAGAAGACGCCAUCGCUGCCAUGCAGCUCGUACAACUCAAGAUCGCGAACGGACCCGGCUUCAUUUUGGACAAUGGUGGAAGCAACAGCAUCAGUAACACCGAGAGCUACUUCCGGGUCCUAGCGCGGGAGAAGAAAGCCGCAACCAUGGUCGAUCAGGCGACGUUUCUCAAGCCGUUCCUUGGCAACCCGGUGCACUGCGUCCCCGUAGUUUCCGACCGCGAGGCGUUGACGAAAGCUCAGAACGAGAUCAGGAGUAAGCAUUUUGUCUGGGCGCAGUUCCAUUCGUGGCACACCGUGUCUAACAGUUCCAUGUGCGAGCACGCCGUCCUGGCGGAAACUCUCGCGAGAGUCGUGACAAGAGUUCGUGAGCUGUACGAUAUGUGUCCCGAGAACUCUCUGUUUGUACUAUUGACUUCGGGGACCAACGGUAUUGAUCAGAGAUUAAACUUAAAGUCGCAAACAUUAGAGACUUCUUCAGUGGAGGACAAUGAACAGGAGAGUACCAAGGGACUCUGCUAUUUGACUGUGAAGAAGUGAAAGCGCCACUUUAAUCUGU